AGAUAAAUAACAGAAAACAAGAAUAUACUGACACUAGUCACAUGACCGUGAUGUGAGUCACAUGAUUGUGCUAAACAAGAACUGCUUGGAAAAUGGCAGCGUUCUUACAGUGGAGACGAUUUGUGUUUUUCGAUAAAGAAACGGUGAAAGAUCCGAGCGAAAAUGGGAAAAAUUUCCAACUACCGGUGGGAUUAGCGGCCUGUGAUUCAGGUCGAGGACACAUUGUGCUUGGAGAUAUGGAUGGGCAGAUUUGGUUUUUGACCCGCUCCCUGCAGCUAUCCAGCUUUCAGGCUUAUAAGCUGCGCGUGACACACCUGUACCAGCUGAAACAACACAACAUCCUGGUGUCUGUGGGUCAGGACGAGCCUGGCAUCAAUCCUCUGGUGAAGGUGUGGAACCUUGAUAAGAAGGACAGCGGCAGUCCUCUGUGUACCCGGAUAUUCCCUGCCAUACCUGGAAACAAACCCACUGAAGUGUCUUGUCUCAGUGUACAUGAAAACCUUAAUUUCAUGGCUAUAGGUUUUACAGAUGGCAGUGUUGUGCUGACGAAGGGUGACAUCACCAGAGACAGACACAGUAAAACACUCAGCCUCCAUGAGGGCAACUGUCCAAUCACAGGCCUGGCUUUCCGACAGGCCGGCAAAGUCACACACCUGUUUGUCGCCACUCUAGAAAAAGUGCAGUGUUACACAUUAUCACUGAAAGAGUACCCUCGUAUAGAACUGGACACGCACGGCUGCGCCCUCCGCUGCUCGGCGCUCACAGACCCCUCACAGGACUCGCAGUUCAUAGUGGCUGGAGAUGACUGUGUGUAUUUGUACCAGCCUGAUGAGAGAGGGCCCUGUUUUGCUUUCGAUGGGCACAAGCUUCUUACUCACUGGCACAGAGGCUACCUGCUGCUGCUAACACACAAUAACAAGUCACCCAGCAAAUCUGAUUAUGGUAGCAGACAGACAUCCCCUUCAGAAAAACACAUCUUGACCAUUUAUGACCUGGACAACAAGUUUAUCGCUUACAGUGCGGCGUUUGAUGAUGUCAUUGACGUUCUGGCAGAAUGGGGCUCUUUUUAUGUCCUAACGAGAGACAGAACACUGUAUAUGCUGCAAGAAAAAGACACACAGACCAAGCUAGAGAUGCUGUUUAAGAAGAACCUGUUUGUGAUGGCCAUUAACUUGGCUAAAAGUCAACAUCUGGACAAUGAUGGUUUGUCUGAGAUAUUCAGACAGUAUGGAGACCAUCUCUACGUCAAAGGGGAUCAUGAUGGAGCUAUCCAGCAGUAUAUUCGCACCAUUGGGAAGCUUGAGCCCUCAUACGUAAUCCGUAAAUUUUUGGAUGCACAGAGGAUACAUAACUUGACAGCAUACCUACAGGCCCUCCACAGGCAGUCGCUGGCCAACGCUGACCACACUACUCUACUGCUCAACUGUUACACCAAACUGAAGGACAGCUCCAAGCUGGAAGAGUUCAUAAAGAGCAAUGAAAGUGAGGUGCAUUUCGAUGUUGAAAUUGCGAUCAAGGUGUUACGUCAGGCUGGUUAUCACAGUCAUGCCGUUUUUCUGGCAGAGAGACACAUGCAUCAUGAAUGGUAUCUAAAGAUCCAGCUAGAGGAUUUGAAGAAUUAUCAGGAGGCUUUACGCUACAUAGGACGGUUACCAUUCGAUCAGGCAGAGAGUAAUAUGAAGCGUUACGGUAAAAUUCUAAUGCACCAUGUGCCUGAGAGUUCCACCAUCCUCUUAAAACGCCUCUGCACUGAUUAUCACCCUAACAAAGACUCAACCGACAGGGACAGUCUGGACAGCCCUGCGGAAAACAAGGCCAAUCCAGAAGAGUUCAUCCCAGUCUUUGCAAAUAACCCACGAGAGCUGCGAGCGUUCCUGGAACACAUGAUCGAGGUGGAUCCGUUCUCACCUGAGGGAGUUUAUGACACACUGCUAGAGCUCAGACUGCAGGACUGGGCACAUGAGCAGGACCCAGGGAAGAAGAAAGUCCUGCAGGAGGCAGCACUGUCCCUGCUGAGGAGCGACAACACUGUGUUUGACAAAGCCCUGUUGCUCUGCCAGAUGCACAACUUCAAGGAAGGAGUGCUGUAUCUGUAUGAAAAGGGCAAACUGUACCAGCAGAUCAUGCACUACCACAUGCAGAAUGAGGAGUACGGGAAAGUCGUGGAGGCCUGUAAACGUUAUGGGGACAGUGAGGUGUGUUUGUGGGAACAGGCUCUGGGCUAUUUUGCACGCAAAGAAGAAAACUGCAAGGCCUACAUUAGUGAAGUCCUGCAGCACAUUGAUGAAAAUAACUUGAUGCCUCCACUUUUGGUGGUGCAGACUUUGGCUCAUAAUUCCACAGCAUCGCUGUCAGUCAUAAAAGACUACCUGAUAAAUAAACUAGAGCGGGAGACCCAGCAGAUUGAGGAAGAUGAAAGGAAGAUUCGACAGUAUAGAGAGGAGACGGCCCAUCUUCGCGCUGAGAUACAGGAACUUAAAACGUGUGCAAAGAUCUUCCAGAAGACCAAGUGCAGCAUGUGCAACAGCCCACUAGAGCUGCCAUCUGUGCACUUCCUGUGCGGCCACUCUUUCCAUCAGCACUGCCUAGAGAGCUUUGCUGAGAGUGAGGCCGAGUGCCCCACUUGCACCCCUGAGAACAGGAAAGUGAUGGACAUGUUGCGUGCGCAAGAUCAGAAACGAGAUCUGCAUGAUCAUUUCCACAGACAGCUCAAAUGCUCUAAUGACGGCUUCUCAGUCAUCGCUGACUAUUUUGGCCGUGGAGUGUUUAACAAACUCACUCUGAUAACGGAUCCUCCUGGAGGAAAGAGUGGAGCUGGGAAUCUGGAGGCUGAAUUCAACAGAGAUCUGCUCAUUAACACCAAGAGGAAUGUUUGAGAGCUGGACUGGAGUUCAUAUUAAAAGAAGAAGUGCUGAUCUAGGGUCAGAUGUCUGACUAGGGUCUGCUGCAGAAACAGCUCUACACUACUUGAAUGGUCUUUGAACAAAUCCAAAUUAAGCCCCCGCAACUCCUCUUCUUAGUGUUGAUUUAUUUAUAGGCUUGAUAGUGGAGAGCAAGAUUACAGCUUGUUCAGAAUGUCUUCAUCUGUGUAGUCUCCAAGAUCAGAUCAGCAUAAAGUGGAAAGUAUCAAAACCACUGUGAGUGAUGAUAACAUUUAAGAACUUGCACUUCAAGACCGUGACCUUUUCAAGCUUUGAAUUCAGCUGCCGUAGGCACACUAUAGAAGACAACUUGCACAACUUAAUUUUGCAUCCCUUAAUAAUUUCUGUAUAAUAUUUCAUUAGCAUUGCAACCAUUCAUUAUAGCAGAUAAAGCAACUAAUCAACAAUAAUCAAUGUCAAAUGCCUGUAA